AAGCCAAGUGAGACCAGCGAUCAUACAACGCAGACGACUCAUCCAAAUGGCGAACCACAUCAGCAACGAUGCCAACGGCACACAAUACCAGACAUUCAACAUUCGAGACCUGCCCAAAAGUAACAACUUCACGCAGAAGCUCCCUCCAGACGCCGAGUACCCGACUCCAGCUUCUUCCCACAAGGCCGACCGCAAAAACCUAGGACCACGACUAGUCAAGAAUGCGGCGUAUACAUUCGUCCGGCCGGAGCCUUUCAAGAAGUCGGAAUUGGUCGGCGUGUCAAAGACAGCGCUGAGGGACCUGGCGAUCGACCCGGCUGCUGUCAAGACGGAGGACUUCAAGGGUACAUUCGCCGGCAACCGAAUCAUCACGCUUGAGGCAGACAAAGAGCCUGGCGAGAAGGAUGUAUACCCGUGGGCACAGUGCUACGGCGGAUACCAGUUCGGGCAAUGGGCUGGACAGCUCGGCGACGGACGAGCGAUAUCACUGUUUGAGACGACGAACCCAAACACCAACAAGAGAUAUGAGAUACAAUUGAAAGGAGCUGGAAAAACGCCAUACUCGCGAUUUGCAGAUGGAAAGGCUGUGGUUCGGAGUAGCAUCCGAGAGUUCGUUGUCAGCGAGGCGUUGAAUGCACUCAAGAUACCAACCACAAGAGCUUUGAGUUUGACGCUGGGUCCGGAAGAGACAGUACGCAGAGAGACGACUGAGCCUGCUGCGAUUGUUGCACGAUUUGCGGAGACUUGGCUGAGGUUUGGUACCUUUGAUCUUGCAAGGUCAAGAGGUGACCGGAAUCUGGUCCGAAAGCUAGCCAACUAUGCGGCGGAAGAGGUGUUCCCUGGUUGGGAGUCAUUACCUGGCAAGGUGGCCUCGAACGAGGAGAAGGAUGUGGUCGACCCUUCAAGAGGAGUCGCCAAGGAGGAAAUUCAAGGCGAAGGCGAAGUGGCAGAGAAUCGCUACGCUCGUCUCUUCCGUGAGAUUGCACGACGCAAUGCAAAGAUGGUAGCACAUUGGCAAGCCUAUGCUUUCACCAACGGCGUGCUCAACACAGACAACACUUCUAUUUUUGGGCUGUCCAUCGACUUUGGACCCUUCGCAUUCUUGGACAACUUCGAUCCCAGCUACACACCCAACCACGACGAUCACAUGCUCCGGUACGCAUAUAAGAACCAGCCGAGCAUCAUCUGGUGGAACUGUGUCCGUCUUGCCGAAGCUUUCGGCGAAGUCAUCGGUGGUGGACCAUGGGUCGACGACGAAGAGUUUGUCGAGAAGGGCGUGCGUCAAGAAAGAGCUGACGAACUGAUCAAGCGUGCGGAGACGAUCAUCGACCAAGUCAGCGCGGAGUACAAAGCAGUCUUCAUGGCUGAGUACAAGCGGCUGAUGACUGCUCGUCUCGGUCUCAAGCAAUGCAAGCAGACAGAUUUUGAUGAGCUAUAUUCCGAGCUACUCGAUACGCUCUUUGCACUGGAGCUGGACUUCAACCACACUUUCCGCCGCCUCAGCUCAGUGGUCAUGGAUGAUCUCGCCACCGAGGAGAAAAGGAAAGAAGUCGCAGGCCGCUUCUUCCACCACGAAGGCCUCUCCGGCAUGGCAGGCAGUGAAGCAGACGCUCGUGCACGCAUCGCAAAGUGGCUCGAGAAAUGGCGAGUGCGAGUCUUCGAAGAUUGGGAGGACAGCCACGAAGCUCGAGAUGAGCGCCUCGCAGCCAUGAAGGCCGUGAACCCAAAGUUCAUCCCGAGAUCGUGGGUUCUGGACGAAUUGAUCGAAAGAGUAGAGAAGAAGGGUGAACGGGAAAUUCUGGACCAUGUCAUGGAAAUGGCGCUCAACCCGUUCCAGGAGGAAUGGGGCUGGAACAAGGAAGAGGAAGAAAGAUUUUGCGGUGAUGUGCCGAAAUACCAGAGGGCGAUGCAAUGUUCGUGCAGCUCGUAG